AUGAGGAUCACAGAGAUUGUGAUUGACGGCUUCAAAUCGUACGCUGUGCGUACGGUUAUCUCGGGAUGGGAUGAAUCAUUCAACUCUAUUACCGGUCUGAACGGUAGUGGUAAAUCCAACAUCCUCGAUGCCAUUUGUUUCGUCCUCGGUAUCACCAACAUGAGCACUGUCCGAGCGCAAAACCUCCAAGAUCUUAUUUACAAGCGCGGUCAAGCCGGUGUAACCAAAGCGAGCGUGACCAUUGUUUUCGACAACCGCGACACCUCCAAAUCCCCUAUCGGUUUCGAAGAGUAUGCGAACAUCUCCGUCACUCGCCAGAUUGUGCUGGGCGGCACCAGCAAAUACCUGAUCAACGGUCAUCGCGCACAACAGCAAACCGUCCAGAACCUGUUCCAGAGUGUCCAGCUAAACAUCAACAACCCCAAUUUUUUGAUUAUGCAAGGUCGUAUCACCAAGGUGUUGAAUAUGAAGGCAGUUGAGAUCCUGUCCAUGAUUGAGGAAGCGGCUGGCACACGGAUGUUCGAGGAUCGUCGAGAGAAGGCGAUCAAGACAAUGAGCAAGAAGGAGUUGAAGCUACGCGAGAUCGAGGAGCUUCUCAAGGAAGAGAUUGAGCCCAAGCUGGAGAAGCUCCGGUCCGAAAAGCGUGCAUUCCUUGACUUUCAACAAACACAAAAUGACUUGGAACGUUUGACUCGACUUGUUGUGGCACACGACUAUGUGCGGGGCGGGGAGAGGCUGCGCGUUGCAGGUGAGGACUGUGACAGCAAGAGGGACACUGUCCAGGCAUUGGAGGAGAAUGCAACCAAGCUGAAGAGCGAGAUUGCACACUUGGAGGAGGACGUCAAGCGAGUCCGGUCUGCGCGCGACAAGGAGCUCCGGAAAGGCGGAAAGUUCCAAGGUCUCGAAGACGAAGUCAAGAACCACUCACAUGAGUUAGUCCGUUUGACGACUGUAUUUGAUUUGAAAAACUCUAGCAUGGAUGAGGAGAAGGAAAAGCGCAAGGCCAUGCAAAAAUCCGCCAGUGAGCUCGAGAAGGCACUGAAGGAAAAGCGGAAGAUCUACGACAAGCUGCAGGCGAGGUAUGAUUCCGCUAAAGCUGAGCUCGAUGCGCAGAAUGUUGAAGUGGAACAGAAGGAGGAAUUGCUUCAAACCUUGCAGACAGGAGUUGCUUCGAAGGAGGGACAAGAGAGCGGCUACCAGGGACAAUUACAAGAUGCACGAAACCGGGCCAGUAAUGCAUCCACAGAGCAAGAACAAGCGAAACUUAAGAUUGCUCAUUUUGAGAAGAGAAUCAAAGAGGAGGAGCCGCGUGCGAAGAAGGCCAAGGAGCAAAAUCAAGGCCUUUUGAAAGACCUGGAGGGUCUCAAGGCCCAAGCUAAGAAGCUUGAAUCAGAACUCACUCGUCUUGGCUUUGAGCCCGGUAAAGAGGAGCAGAUCUACCAGGAACAGUCCCAGCUGCAGCGCGAUAUCCGAGAUCUUCGCCAGCGGGCCGAUGGCCUCCGACGAAAAGUGGCAAACGUUGAUUUUAACUACACCGAUCCCCAUCCUAACUUUGACCGUUCAAAGGUUAAAGGUCUGGUUGCUCAGCUGUUUACGUUGAACAAGGAUCAAGUCCCAGCUGCUACUGCUCUCGAGAUUUGUGCCGGUGGUCGCCUCUACAACGUUGUGGUCGACUCUGCUGAGACCGGUACUCAGCUGCUCCAGAAGGGAAAGCUGCGCAAACGAGUGACGAUCAUUCCUUUGAACAAAAUUGCGGCAUUCAAGGCCUCCGUAGAGAAGAUUGGAGCGGCUCAUAAUCUUGCUCCCGGCAAGGUGGAUCUUGCUUUGUCCUUGAUCGGAUACGAUGAGGACGUGCUUGCUGCGAUGAACUAUGUAUUCGGUAACACACUCAUCUGCAAUGAUGCCGAUACAGCCAAGAAGGUGACAUUCGAUCCUUCUGUGCGAAUAAAGAGUGUCACCCUUGAAGGCGAUGUCUACGACCCCUCUGGUACCCUCUCUGGUGGAAGUGCUCCCAACUCUAGUGGCGUGCUUGUAACCCUACAGAAGCUCAAUGAGAUCACCAAGGAACUGAGGAGCAAGGAGCGCCAGCUUGCCACUCUGGAAGAAAACAUGAACAAAGAACGCAAGAAGCUCGAUGCGGUUCGAUCGAUUAAGCAAGACCUGGAUCUCAAGACUCACGAGAUCAAGCUCACAGAGGAGCAAAUCAACAGCAACUCCUCCUCUUCUAUUAUUCAGGCCGUCGAAGAGAUGAAAGUAAAUAUCGAGCAGUUGAAGAACGAUAUUGCCAAUGCCAAAACUCGUCAAGCCGAAGCAUCCAAAGAUAUCAAGCGCAUUGAAAAGGAUAUGAGCGAGUUUAGCAACAACAAGGAUAGUAAGCUGGAAGAGCUUCAAAAUUCACUCAAUGCUCUCAAGAAGGGCCUCACCAAGAAUUCCGCUUCCGUGAAAGAGCUCCAGAAGGAGCUCCAGUCCUCUCGUCUGGACUCUGAACAGGCUGGAAGUGACCUUUCAGCGGCUGAGGAGCAGUUGGCCGAGUCAGAAAACACAUUAAAGGCCCAGGCCGAAGAGAUCGAUUCUUUGCAGCGAGAACAGACACGGCUCAAGGACGCCCAUGAUAUUGCGCAAGCACAUCUUGAGGAUGAGAGGGCUAAACUGACUGGGUUUGACGAAGAACUCGCUGAGCUUGAUGCUACAAUCAAGAGCAAAUCGUCGCAGAUCACUGAGGAGGGCUUGGAGAUGCAGAAGCUUGGUCACCAGCUCGAGAAACUCCAGAAAGACCAACAUGGUGCCUCUCAGGCUGUCGCUCAUAUGGAGCAAGAGCAUGAGUGGAUUGCGGAUGAGAAGGAGCAAUUUGGUCGCGCCAAUACGCCAUACCACUUCCAGAGCCAGAACAUCGCCGAGUGCAAGUCAACACUGCGCAACUUGACCGAGCGUUCACAGGGCAUGAAGAAGAAGAUCAACCCGAAGGUCAUGAACAUGAUCGACAGCGUCGAGAAGAAGGAGGCCGCUCUCAAGAACAUGAUGAGAACUGUCAUUCGCGACAAGAGCAAGAUCGAGGAAACCAUUCUCAACCUUAAUGAGUACAAGAAGGAGGCUCUGCAUAAGACCUGGGUCAAGGUCAAUGGUGACUUUGGAAAAAUCUUCGAGGAGCUCCUGCCCGGUAGCUUUGCCAAGCUGGACCCGCCUGAGGGCAAGGAUAUCACAGACGGUCUGGAGGUCAAGGUGUCUUUGGGUAAGGUCUGGAAGCAGAGUUUGACAGAGCUGAGUGGUGGACAACGAUCCCUUGUCGCCUUAUCCCUGAUCAUGGCACUCUUGCAAUUCAAGCCCGCUCCGAUGUACAUUCUCGACGAGGUCGAUGCCGCGUUGGAUCUGUCUCACACACAAAACAUCGGACGACUAAUCAAGACUCGUUUCAAGGGAUCCCAAUUCAUUGUUGUCUCCCUCAAGGACGGCAUGUUCCAGAAUGCCAACCGUAUCUUCCGCACCCGGUUCAGCGAGGGUACUAGUAUCGUCCAGUCACUGACCGCUGCUGACUUGAAAUAA